CAUAAGAAAGGAUAUUCACGUGGUGUGUGGAGUUUCGGUUGUGACUCUUCUUUCAGAGGGAUGAGUCACCAUCACCAUCACCGCUCCCCACUGCCUCCACCCCCACUCCCUCCAGGCCACCCACCUGCACCUGGUAAUCGUAGUGGUGGAUAUCCUCCUCUGCCUCCACCGUUGCCGUAUUCCCCUCCUCCACCUCCACCACCCUCACAUCCCCCACCACCUCUCUUCCCUUCACCCUCACCUCCUCACCAUUCAGUGCGAACUCCACUCCAACCCCCAGUUCUAGGACCGAGCGAACAAUUGGAUUACAGUGCUCUACAUCGAGAUCGCCCUUUAUAUGUGGACACACCUCCUGUGGCUCCCAGCAGGGGAGGGCCCCCUGCAAUUAAUUAUGGUAAUGAAUUAUCUCGUGAAAGAUUGCCUUAUUCACAGACUCUUUCGUCAUAUUCAUCUGGCCAUGCCCCAUUGUUGCAUAACAGAGACCACUUUAAGCAGCAAAGACACGAGAAUUCUGCCCUUAUUGAUUUCACUUCAGACUCAACUGACAGAGAUACAAACCCACAUUCUGAGUAUCAACCAAGUGAAGAACGACAAUUGUCAUCUACUGCCGGUGUCGAUUUACCUCCAUGGUUACAACGUACUGAGGGUCACACCGACACUACUCUUCACAAACCCUUUCAACAUGGUUACCAACGUGAUGGUGGCCAUAACCAUCAUACUAUAAACCUCUCUCGCCCUCUUCUUUUUCACCCUGGUCCUCAAGAUGAUAACAGGGGCUUAUCAAAUCCUUCCUGUCAUCAAACAGAACCUUCUAAUUACAGGAAUACACUGCAAUAUCCUCCUCCACUUAUGGGGGGGAAUUUUCACAGGCUUCCACCACCUGUAAGAGAGAGUCAAUGGAGUAACCGCAGAGGGGCUUUUGAAAGUUUUCACCCCCCUCCCCCCUCACUCUUACCCAACAGGGUUCCUGUGGUAUUUCCCCCUCUGCCUACAAUUCAGACUGUGCCAUCAGAAAAACUGUUUGAUUUACCAGGUAGAAAGGAUCGACCAAGUCAUAUCGUCAUUGUGCUGAGAGGACUGCCUGGAUCUGGCAAAAGUCAUCUGGCAAAGAUCAUCAGAGACAAGGAGGUUGGGUGUGGUUCUCCCGCCCCUCGUAUCUUGGCACUGGACUUGUACUUUCUCAACGAAGUGGAGAAAACAGAGAGAGACCCAGAGACUGGUCGGAGAGUGAAACGCAAGGUAGAGGAGUAUGAGUUUGAUGCUGAGAUGGAGCCGUCCUAUCGAAACAGUCUGUUCAAGAGCUUCAAUACGACCUUAGACAAAGGGUUCUUUCCAAUGGUCAUAGUGGACGCUGUGCAUGAGAAGGUGUGUCAUUUUGAUCGCUACUGGAGUAUAGGCAAGAUGAAAGGAUUUCAGGUAUACAUAGCAGAACUGGACGAGAGCGUCGAUGUGUGCGUCGAGAGGAAUACUCACAACAGAACCAAGGAGGAGAUAGAAAAGCUGCAAUCUCAUUGGGAGGCCACACCCCCGCACUUCACCAGACUAGAUGUCACUGCACUCUUAUCGAACACCAACAUCGACGAGGUGGAAAUGGAAUGUAACGAAAAUGAGAAUGAUGAAAAGGCAGUAAAAAACCAUGAUAAUGAUGAGCUCGUUAAGAGUCGUUGGGACGACCCGUCUGAAUACAGGCUAGACAAGAUGGAUGCUGUCGGUUUGUUUCGUAAGCGCAGACGUCUCCAGUCUGAGGAAGAGGGAUUGAGUCUCACGGAGUACCUGAGGGGGAAGCAGGAGGUGGACAGUGGCCCGGCAGGGAAGAGGGUCCGUUGGGCAGAUUUAGAGGCCGAAAAAGAGGAACAGAAGAAGAGAGAGAUUGGUUUCGUGAUUGGAAGUGGGUGGAGUCAAGUCAGUGAGGAGGAGGCAACCAGGUUACUCAAAGGAGAUGACCAGACAACCUCCUGACAUGAACUCACUGAACGGGGAUAAUCAAAUGAUCUGAUUUACAUUUCUCGUUUGCUUUGAAUGUUGUAAAUACCGACUAUUAUGAACUUAAUUUGAUGUGUUCGAAAUCAGUGUAUUUGCAAACUUUU